UUUCGCCUGACAAAUUUGUAAGUUAGUCGCCGCCAAAAAAGUCCUGUGUAUGCAAAACACUGCAGCCUUUCCAUGCGCCUUGAUCAUUUCCUUUCUCUGCCAACUCAGGUCACGCGUGUUUCACGUGACUAUCUAGCGUGUUGUUGAGACUUUUGUUGCCACAAUCAUCGUUUCACUAACCAAAAUUUACUCUUAAUCCAAGGCUUUCUCUGUUCGACACAUGGAGAAUACAGAAGACGACGCGUUCAAGCAAGUUCCUGUGAUCGUGGACUGUGACGUCCUAGAGGCUGCUAAAGAGAAUAUCCAGCCACUUGCAUCCGGUCGUCGGGUUACCGCUCUUUCAGCUAUCCUGCAAACUCCUCACGCACAGCGGGAUGCCCAACUACUCGCAGCGCGUAAGCGCUUCCGUACGAACAUCCAAAUUGCACUCGAAGACGAGGAUGAUGAUCCACUGGAAGCAUACUCACGUUUUGUUCAAUGGACUCUCGAAAAUUACCCCCAAGGACAAAGCGCGGAGUCUGGACUCUUAGAGCUUCUGGAAGAGGCGACAAGGGUAUUAAAGGACAACCGCGAGGGACGAUGGAAAGGGACGUCGAUGUACCUCAAACUUUGGGUACUUUAUGCGAGCUAUGUGGAGAAACCGACUAUCAUCUACAAAUUUUUGCUCGCAAAUGAUAUUGGAACCGAUCAAGCUCUGUUGUAUGAGGAGCAUGCGGCUGCACUUGAGAGAGCCGGACGGCGUAGCGAAGCAGAUGCUGCAUAUCUACUUGGAAUUGCACGUCAGGCUUCUCCCCUUGAUAAACUUGUAGCCAAGCACAGUGAAUUUCAGAAACGAAUGAUGACUGCAGCCACAAUACCUUCGCAGCCCGCCCCAAAUGCUCUCCCACGUAGAACAGCGUUGGGUGUGACUUCCUCAUCUUCCGCUGCAGUACCUUCGUUCGCAUCUAUUUCUCAAGCCCCUUCAUCGUCAUCGCAAGCCGAUGUCAGUGGGUCUAGACGUGGGCCACGGCUAGGCACAAACGGCCGUCUCCAGAUUUUUGUGGACCCUUCUGGAGCAGAAUCAGCCGACGCAACGGAUUCAGUCACACCUUAUCCUGAUAUCGGAACACGUAAAUCUCGGGUCAAAGAAAAUAUACCUGAGGUUAGCAAAGCAGCAGGUAGCACCUUAAAACAGGCAGGUCGCACUCGACGAAUUGCGUCAGGGUCGAAUUCGGGAACAAUUGUAUCAAAAAUUGUGCCUUUCAGAGACCCCGGACCAGACAUGGACGUGGAAGGGAAGGCUGUGAUGGCUCCGCCUCCCGUUCCCAUGUCCAGGCAGAAGGACGCAGCACCGAAGACUCCCACGAGGACCAGCGCCAUCAUACCAUUCCAUGACGUCCCCGACGGUGGCGGCAUUCCGUCCACUCCUCAAUUCACACCCUUUCGAGAUGAGCCCGAGAUAAACACAUCAGCUGCAAUGCUUGCACCUGAGGUCAUGAAACCAAAAACUGUGGGGGGACCUGUGAUUGGAUCUGAAGCAGAAGCGUUGAGAAAAGAUCCUCUAAAAAACUAUUCUACCGAAGAAUGUCCACGAGAUGACUGAAUGAUCAUUUCCCCCUUGUUUUCCUCUAGGCUAUCGUCGGUUGUGCUACAUUGUUGAUCUACAUCCAUUUUCCCCUCCUGCUUCAACACCUUGUGGUGGUCUUGGGUUGUCUCAAGUUCUGUAAAAGUACUCUUAGCAGAUCACGACCCUAGUGCUAGCAUCUGUAGAACAAAUAUUGUUAACCUAGCCGCCAGGCUGGCUAAAGACUGCUCACUCGUUGUCAACUGAUGGUUGCUGAUUUCCUAAUA